GCCAGCUCUGGGCCCUCCGUGCAGCCUCCGCUCUGGCUCGGUGUCCUCCUGCCUGGGAGACGGGAAGCAGACCUGAGGACAUCUCUAGGACCGGACCAGGAACCUCCCACCCCCAGGUGAGGCCAGGACCCUACCCAGGAUGGACGUGGGGUCCAGCUCCCGGCUCCCCCUGGGCCUACAUCUGCUGCUGCUCCUGCUGGCACUGCCACUUGGGGGCCAGGCCAGCACAGACUGCUACGGGAUCCCCGGGAUGCCAGGCAUGCCUGGGACCCCAGGGAAGGAUGGUCACGACGGGCUGCCGGGGCCCAAGGGUGAGCCAGGGAUCCCAGCUGUCCCUGGGACUCAAGGACCCAAGGGUCAGAAGGGAGAACCCGGCACACCUGGCCACCCUGGGAAAAACGGCCCCAUGGGAACCUCUGGGACGGCGGGCCUUCCUGGCCCCGUGGGCCCCCGUGGGGAGCCGGGCGAGGACGGCAGAUACAAGCAGAAGCACCAGUCGGUGUUCACGGUCACACGGCAGACAGACCAGUACCCGGCCGCCAACAGCCUGGUGAAGUUCAACACGGUCGUCACCAACCCGCAGGGUCAUUAUGACACGAGCACGGGCAAGUUCACCUGCAGGGUCCCUGGCAUCUACUACUUUGCCUACCACACGUCGCAGACGGCCAACCUGUGCGUGCAGCUGUACCACAACGGCGCCAAGGUGACCGCCUUCUGCGACCACAUGUCCAACAGCAAGCAGGUCAGCUCAGGCGGCGUGCUGCUGCAGCUGCAGGUGGGCGAGGAGGUGUGGCUGGCGGUCAACGACUACAACGGCAUGGUGGGCACCAGGGGCUCCGACAGCGUCUUCUCCGGCUUCCUGCUCUUCCCCAACUAGGGCCUACGCCGGCCCCCGGGCUGCCCCAGCUCCCUCAUUUUCCCUGCAUGAACCCACCCUGCCGGCCACACCAGCCAGCCUCUGCGUCCUUGCUCAGGCCAUUCUCCCCACCUGAUGGACUCCUCCUCCGGGAAGCCCGCCUUGACUCCACUGCCCCACGAAUUCUCUCCCUCCUCUGAGCUCCUUCAGGAGGCACUGCUUUGACACUUAACCAAUACCUUCUGGUACUGUCAUUAGUCUUUUCCGAGUCUUGGAAGAGGCGGGGAGAUAUAGAAAUAAAUAAUUAAAUCAAUAAAUCCACAUGCUCAGA